CGGCCCGGGGCGCUGCCCUCCCUUUCCCCGGGGGUAGGUGCCUGGGUGUGGACGGGCGGUGCAGCUGAAGCCGCGCUCUCUCCUGCGGCCGCCUCCCGCGAUGCUGCCUGUUUGGCGGUGGAUCCUCCGGGCCCCGCGCCUUUCGAGCUGGGAGCUGGCGGCCUGUGGAGGCCGGGCCUUGGGGCGGUGCGGCCCCGGAAGACCUUACAGCCAGAAGCAGCGGAGUUUUUGGGCGUUUAUACGGCGCCGGCUCCGGGGCCCUCCGGUUCCCCCGUUCCCUCGGCCUUGCCUGGUCGGGGAGCCGGUCCUGCGGGCUCGGGCUGCGCCGGUAGCUGCCGCCGAGGUGACAGGCCCCGAGGUGCAGCGGCUGGUGUCGGCCCUGGUCCGGACGAUGCGGAGGCUCGGGGCCCUGGGACUGAGCGCACCGCAGCUCGGUGUCCCGCUCCAGGUGAUGGUGCUCGAGGUGACGGAGCAGAUACUCGAGGCCGAGGCUCCGGCCGCCCGCCAGGCCCGGGACAUGGUCGCUGUCCCGCUCCGGGUCUUCAUUAACCCCCAGCUCCGGGUGAUCGACUCCAGAACCGCCGUGUGGCCGGAGGCCUGUCACAGUGUCCCGGGGUACGCUGCCUGUGUGCCCCGGUACCGGGCGGUGGAGGUGACAGGUCUGGAUGAACGUGGUGAGGCCGUUUCCUGGCGAGCCUCAGGUUGGGCUGCACGGAUCCUACAGCACGAAAUGGACCAUUUAAAUGGGCAGCUAUACAUCGACAAAAUGGACAGUACAACCUUUGAGAAUCUGCACUGGAUGGAAGAGAAUGACUGAGGUAGAUGACGGCUAAACUUACGUUGCAAAGGCACUGGUCACAUCCCCCGCAGCUCAUGAAACAAGCUCACAGUUAACAAGGGAACCGCAAGAUCCCUAAUAUAACAUCUGUUUUAGUUGUUCUGGUGAACAUUCACAAGGAUACUGGAUAAAAUUUAAAAUGCAACACGAGACAGUAGCACAACCUCAGGAAUGCCUUAAACCUAUUGUAAAACUGAUAAAACUUUAAUGCAAUUCAAAUCAUCACCACAAGUUAGGGAUUCUAUGAUUCUUCUUUCAAGAUGUGUCUGAGAGCAUUGACACGUGGGAUUACUGUCCUUUCCUGGAAACUUGCAGACUCUUCAAUCGAGUUUAAAUUUAAAUUGUGACUGCACCUGAUACCCAAAGAAUUUGGAAGUUCAGCCUGGUAGAUAGAGGAUUAACUUCAAGUUUGGGUGGUAGAUGACCCUCUGGAAUACUCUGGUCCCAUGAGUUGCUGCAGUCGGUCAUGGUCACCCCAUUUAAAUAUGUAACAAUUCACAAUUACUGAGCAAUAAACAUAGAUGCCACCUGCUGCUCACCUUGUACAGUGCUUUAAAUUGCUGGCCAAUGCUAGAAAUGAAUUUGAACUCAAGGUUGAGAACUGUAUUGAACCCGUACCGGCACUUUAGUAGACAAAGAAAAUAAUUUCACCAUCCUGUUGUUUCUGCAUCUGAUUGUUUCAGCUGCCUCAUGUUGGAAAGUGGGACCAGGGUAGAUUUCAGGUAGCUGAUGGGCCAAAGGGCCUCUUGUAUGGUAUGAUUCUAUGAUUAAACCAUUCUUUUUGUCAAGUACUUCAAUCUCAACCCUGUACAAAAUUUGAACUCUGUAUUUAAAUUGAAACUUCACCUGUGUUCUCCCAAAUGUGUUACUUCCUACAGUGCAACUGUCUCGCCAUUCCACUACCCUGACUAUCUCUUCCUAUGUGUUAGAAAUACCAUUGUUCAUGAGACCAAAAUUACAGUUUGUGUAAUUGUACACAGCCAGUUGUAUACAUUAUCAGAAUCCAAAUAGUCUAUAUUCAGAGAAAAAGCAGGAUCCAGCACCUACCUUGGGGCUGAAUUCUUCAGUUCAACUUAAUUUUACAUCACUUCAUCUUGUAUUAAGUGGCAGAAUUUUGCUACCAACGUCUUUGUAAGAAACCUUAUCAAACAUCUAAAUUCCACACCUACAGCAUUCCUUUUCAUCUAACUGUUCAGGGCUGUGAAAAGAAUUGUCAGACAUGACUUGCUUUUAAUGCGUCUGCUGUACCUUUGCAUUUAAAAUGUAGUAUGCAUAAUUAAAGAUAACAAUUUAACAGUUUUCACCUCAAAUAA